GCCAGUGCCCUCCGCGCCCGCUGUCAGUUGACUGAACUGACCAGCCAGCCGACUGACUGACUGCACUCACUCACGCUCGCCACUAGCUGCCUCACUUCUACACUUACCACCUCACACGUAUCACUCGCCUCAUACACACCAUGCUCGCUCUCCGCUCCGUCCGUGCCGCCCGUGUCGUGCGCCUCGCUCGCCCGUACUCCGCCCCCGCCGAGGGUGCCGGCGCCACCCCGCCCAAGCCCAAGGACCGCACCGUCGAGUGGAUUGUCGGCAUCACCCUCCUCGCCGGCGGCGGAUACUGGUGGUACUCGUCCCAGGGCAAGGACGCCAAGAACGUCAAGGCCGACGCCAAGGCGCUCGCGGGCAAGGCCGAGGACACUACCAAGGACCUCGCCAACCAGGUCUCUGCUGCCGUUAAGAAGUAAGACGUGCCGUCUCGUCACCGUGUCGUUGCCAUGUUGCCGCGCGCGCCCCCGAACCACGCUUCAACCAAAUCUCGAGAAAACAAGUUCAAAGUCUUAAGUCGUUCAAUAGCUCAUGUCUGCCUGGCCUUAACCCAGUCCGCAUGCACACGUCGU